AUGGACGGUCCCUCGAGACCAAAUCCAUGUAGUUUGCAAAGUAGGACGGCGCCCUCCGUUGGCGCGAAAAUUGACAGAUUAACCAUAGAUGACAGACCGGAGAUGUGUCAGAGUGACUGCCAGUGUGAUUCACAAGGGGAAGUGAAGAUCAAAAGCAAGCGGUUCGGGCGAGGUGCCGUCGAAUCAGGUUUGACACAUGAGUGCGGAGUAUUCGGUGCGAUUGGCACGGGAGAAUGGCCCACUCAAGUGGAUGUUGGGCAGGUCAUAUGCUUGGGACUGGUGGCGUUGCAACACAGAGGUCAAGAAUCAGCUGGCAUUGUGACGUCAGAGGGCAAAAGUGCGCGGACGUUCAAUUCUCACAAGGGUAUGGGGCUUAUCAACAAUAUAUUUAACGAUGAAGCCAUGAAGAAACUCAAAGGAAAUCUCGGGAUUGGUCACACUAGGUAUUCAACCUCGGCGGCAUCGGAGGAAGUCAAUUGUCAACCGUUCGUCGUUCAUACAGCUCACGGUGCUUUAGCCGUCGCUCACAAUGGAGAGCUUGUUAAUUGCAGCAGCCUUAGGAAGAUGGUCUUGGGUCGUGGAGUAGGGUUGUCAACUCAUUCAGACUCGGAACUCAUCACACAAGCUCUCUGCCUCAACCCACCCGAAGGCGAAACUAAUGGCCCUGACUGGCCUGCGAGAAUCAAUCAUCUUAUGAGAUUGGCCCCUCUAAGUUACUCUUUGGUAAUAAUGUUGAAGGACAAGAUAUAUGCUGUCCGGGAUCCCUAUGGAAAUAGACCACUGUGUCUCGGCAAAAUCCUACCCCUUGGCUCAUCAUAUGUCUACAAAGAAUCAUCAGCGCAGCAUGCCGAGGUUUUAUUGAAUGGUUGUGCAAAGAACGGAAUAGACGAUAAAGCCGAGGGUUGGGUCGUAUCUUCGGAGUCCUGUGGCUUUCUAUCUAUUGGUGCGCGAUACGUGCGCGAAGUGUUGCCAGGUGAAAUAAUCGAGAUGUCCCGACAUGGGAUUCGGACUAUGGAUGUAGUGGAGCGACCACAGAGCAAGCAGCAGGCUUUCUGUAUUUUCGAAUACGUUUAUUUCGCUCGGGCGGAUAGUAUUUUUGAAGGUCAAAUGGUGUACUCGGCGCGAUUACAGUGCGGGCGUAUGCUUGCUAGGGAGUCACCCAUCGACGCGGACAUCGUGUCCUCUGUACCGGAGUCUGGCACUGCCGCCGCGCACGGAUAUGCUAGACAGUCGGGUAUACCAUUUAUGGAGGUCCUCUGCAAGAACCGAUACGUGGGCAGAACCUUCAUCCAGCCCUCCACUCGCCUGAGACAACUGGGUGUUGCGAAGAAGUUUGGAGCUCUCUCAGAGAAUGUCCGCGGAAAGCGAAUCGUGCUUAUAGACGAUUCUAUUGUCAGAGGAAACACUAUUGGACCAAUUAUUAAACUGCUGAGGGAUGCGGGAGCAGCUGAGGUUCACAUAAGGAUAGCGUCUCCCCCACUCAAGUUCCCGUGUUACAUGGGGAUCAAUAUUCCUACAAGAGAAGAACUCAUCGCAAACAAGAUGGACACAUUCAAGUUGGCUGAGCACGUCGGCGCGGACAGUCUCGAAUAUCUAAGCGUAGAGGGUCUGGUCAGCGCCAUACAUUACAAUAUGAAGGCGACGCCCAGCGACGGCGUUGGAGGCCAUUGCACUGCCUGUCUCACUGGGGACUAUCCGGGCGGAUUGCCUGAGGACGUCGACUGGUGA